AUGGCCCAAACACCUUUACCACCAAAUCAAGAUCCUUCUAGUCCAUUUUACUUGCAUCCUACAAAUAACACUGCUAGUCAGUUAGUUUCAGUGAAGUUUGGAGGAGAUGGAUAUGGACAUUUGAAAAGAAGCAUGAUGAUCUCCAUGUCGUCUAAGAACAAGUUAGACUUUGUGAAUGGAACAUUGCCAAAACCAAAUGCUACACAUGCUACAUACCAGGCAUGGCUGAGAUGUAAUGAUAUGAUGAUAUCAUGGAUAUUGUUUAAUCUGUCACCAAACGUAGCUAAAAGUGUGUUGUAUUUCGGUACAGCUAAGGAAAUAUGGGAAGACUUAGAGGACAUGUUCGGUUUUGUACCUAGACCACAAUUGUACUCCUUGGAACAACAGGCUACAAAUAUCACCCAAGAAUGUUGGCUUAAGAAGAGAGACAAAGAGAAAACUGUGAACCUAUGGCAUACAAUGAGAGCCAUGCUUUUGCAGCAGACAGGAGAAGAUUCAAUGAUUAUCAGAACAGACGAACUUACAACACUUACAUACCACAGUAUAGUAAGAACAACAACUCACAGUUUGGUAGCUAGUAUGCCUGGAGGAACUAGAACUGGUCACAAGAAACCUUCUAGUUAUUUUUGUGAUCAUUGUAAGGUUAAUGGCCAUAGCACAGAAAGGUGUUUUGGACUACAUGGAUUCCCACCAGGUUUUACAGGUUUCAAAACUGACAAGAGAGCUGCAGCAGCCACCUAUUCUGAUGAAAGCUUUGAUGAUGACAUGGUUGAAUAUCAGAAUCAGUUUUAUCCUAAUGACAGAGAACCAAGUCAAACACAACCACAACCUGGUUUUUUUACUGCAGACCAAUGCUCAUAG